AUGUUACAAAUAUUUUCUUACAUUUCCCUUCUUUUUCUAUUAUCUCCACCAUGUAGUAGUAAUGUUCAUGCGAGAAAUCCUCUUUUUUACUCCUUAAACCCAAAAAACGAUUCAUCCGAAAACCAUCUCAUCACAUGGCACGAAUUCGGAAAAUUCCAAUACACAAGAAAAGGGAGCUCCUUUGAUGGGAUUUCUAAGCUCAAGAGAUAUCUCAACAAAUUCGGAUACUUAGAAGCAUAUGAUCACACAAAUUCGACCGAUGAAUUCGACUCGAGCCUCGAGCACGCUAUCGCAAAAUAUCAACGGAAUUUUGGCCUCAAAAUUACAAAAGAGCUCGAUUUAGAAACACUUACCGAGAUCAUGAAGCCAAGGUGCGGCGUCAGAGACAUUUCAUCGAACAAGUUGAGGGCGGGCAGGAAAUACGAGUACUUCACCGGCCGCCCCAGGUGGCGGCGGGAUAUUCCGAUGACGCUGACGUACGCGAUCUCGCCGGAAAACGUGGUGGCCUCCCCGAGCCGGUCGGAGAUCAGGGCCGCGGUCGGGCGGGCGUUCGCGCACUGGGCGGCGGUGAUCCCAGUCGAGUUCGUGGAGACCGGCGACUACGGGUUCGCGGACAUCAGGAUAGGGUUCUACGCCGGAGACCACGGAGACGGAGAGGCGUUCGACGGCGUUCUGGGGGUACUGGCCCACGCGUUCUCGCCGGAGAGCGGGCGGUUCCACCUGGACGCGGCGGAGACGUGGGCGGCUGACCUCGCGGCGGAGGGAGCGUCGGGGGCGGUGGAUCUGGAGUCAGUGGCGACGCACGAGAUUGGGCACUUGCUGGGGCUAGCGCACAGCCGGGACAGGGCGGCGGUGAUGUACCCGAGCCUGAGGCCGAGGGAGAGGAAGGUGGAAUUGAGGGUGGACGACAUAAGGGGGGUGCAGGCGCUGUACGGGUCGAACCCUAAUUUCAGUUUACAAGCAUUUUCGGAGUCGGAGAUGUACUCUAACGGCGGCUGUCUGAGGGUUGGGAGCCGCGGCGGGGUUUUUUGGGGGAUUAAUUGGGCGGUGGUUUUGGCGAUGUGGCUAUGCAUGUAA